AUGGUAACUUUAAAAAGUAGAGGAGAAAUUGUCGUAGCAACUGCAUCAUUUGGUAUAGCUGCAACAUUGUUACCCCGUGGUAGAACUGCACACUUUCGAUUUAAGAUACCUAUUGAUAUACAACAAAGUUCCAUCUGUGGUAUUCAAAAGCAAAAAGAUCUUGAAAAUCUCAUUAGAGUUGCUAUUGAAAUAAUUUGGGAUGAAGCACCAAUGACAAACAAAAAUUGUUCCGAAGCCUUAGAUCGAUCAUUACAAGAUAUUUGUAGCAACAAUGCUCCAUUUGAUGGAAAAAUUCUGAUCAUGGGGGGAGAUUUUCAUCAAGUUCCUCCUGUUGUAAGAAAAGAGUUUGCAGAAUUUCUUAUUCGCAUUGGUGAUGGUGUUGAACCUACCAAGCCAGAUGACAUGGUAAGAUUACCUUUACAUGUUGCAAUCCCAUGGGAAGGUGAACAUUCCAUACAAGUACUUAUCCAACACGUUUUUCCUAAUUUAGAAUUGUAUGGUUGGGAUGCCUCAUAUAUGGUACAAAGAGCUAUUUUGACACAAACCAAUGAUGAUGUCCAAAAAUUGAAUGAUAUGAUUAUCGACCAGUUUCCAGGAGAAGAACCUAAUUUGUUAUCGUUUGACGAGGUUGAAGGAGAUAAUCAUAAUUUAUACUAG